AUGUUUGAGAAAUUAAUCGAGAAUCUCCUUUAAUCAAUUUUAGGAGAAUACAUUGAAGGUUUGGAUCAAUAAUCUUUAAAGGUUGGAAUUUGGAGUGGAGAAGCUAAGAUUGAGAAUCUAAAAUUGAAAUCAGAUGCCUUUAUUAAGUUGGAUCUCCCUUUUAUUGUUAAAUAUAGCAGAUUGGGAACACUUAAUUUAAAUAUUCCAUGGAAAAAUCUAGCUAGUGCUCCUAUUAAGGCAAAUUUAGAUACUUUAUAUUUAAUUAUAACACCUCAAUAAGCUAGUGAUUGGAAAUUUGGAAGUAUUACAGGAGCAGAUAAAUUAAUAUAAGUUGACUAAUUUAAAUAGAAAUUAUUAGAAAGAAUUGCUAAUAAAGAAUAAUAAGAUGGAAUGAUGUAAAGAAUAAUUAUUAGAGUGAUUGAAAAUUUAUAGAUUCGCAUUUAAAAUAUUCAUAUAAGAGUAGAAGAUUAAUAAAUUAGUUAUGGUUUUGUAUUGUAAAAUUUUACUUUGCUUACUGUGAAUGAAUAAGGUGUAGAAUAAUUUAUAGAUAGAACAUCAAAUAAAAAUUAAUCAUUGAUUAAGAGUUUACAAAUAAGUAAUAUAGGAUUUUAUUGGUAAUGGAAAGGUGGAAUAUAAUAUGAUGUAAUUAAAUUUUAAGAAGAAAUACCAAAAAAUGAUUAUUUAUUUAGACUUUCAUUAUAAAGUAAGGUUGUACAACCACCAAAAUAAAGUGAGAAUCUUCCAGAUUAUAGAUUUGAUUUGGAUUUAUAAUCAUUUGAUAUUCAUUUUUCAAAGCCUUAAGUUUAAUAAAUAUUAAAUCUAACAGAUUAUUUGAAUUCUUAUAAUAGAGCUAAGAUAUCAUUUUAAAAAUAAUAAUAGAUGAUUUAACCAUUAGAUGAAAUGGAUAAAAAUAGAAUUAAAUAAAUAUUAUAAUUAGUAUAAUUAGAUAAAAAAUAUAAUGAUGGACUUAAAAAAGAAUAGAAAUAAGAACUUUAUAUAAUUUUAGAGAAAACAUAAAUUGAAGAAAUAAAACCAAUAGUUUUAGAAGUAAUUAAAGAAUAACAAUAUGAAGAUAUGAAAUAAAAGGCUUUAAAAAAGAAAUAACCAUAAGGAUUCUUAUAAAAUUGGUUUGGAAGAGGAAAAUAAUAAUAAUAAAAUGAGACACCAACACUUUUAGAAGAAGAAUCAGAUGAAAUUUAUAAAUUUUUAUAAUAGAAUUUCUCAGAAGAUGAAUCUUAAUAAGUAAAUUAAGGAAAAAUAACAUAAAUAGUAGUGAAUGGUAAAAUGAGAUAAGGAACAAUUACUUUAAGUAAUCCUAGAUAAUAAAAAGUGGAUGAAAUUAAAAUACUUUUUUAAGAUUUAAUAUGUGAUUUAAAAUCAGAUAAAGAUUUAAAUUUGAAUUUAUCUUUAAUAGAUAUGAUUGUUUUAUUUAAUAAUUAACAAUUUCUCACUAAUACUAGUAAUGAUAAAUCAAAACCUAUAUUCUUAUUGAAUUUUAAAAUAAUUGAAUCAAUUUCUACAUAUAUUUAAUUAGAAACAAGAUCAUCUAAAUUAAGAUUUCAUCCAGAUGUAAUUACAGUAUUAAGUGAUUUUAGUGAUGUAGAAUUGAAAUCAAAUUAAAUUAAAAAUAUGGCUGAUGAUAGAAUUUAAGAACUUAAAUAAAAUGCAUAAGCAGCUUUAGCUAAGUAAGUAAUUGUUGAAAAGAAUAGAUGGGUUAAUAUAACAAUGGAUCAAUUUUAUUUUGAACUUCCUUUAAAUAAUUCAUAAGAAUCUUGGCUUUUUUGUCCAGGUUUAGUUAAUAUAAAUAGUAGUAUUGUAAAUAGUUAAGAAUUAUAUAAAAUUUAACUUUCAAAUAUAGGAUUAAAACAUCAAUCUUAAACAUAAUAUAGUGUAAUUAACAAUUUUAAUAUUGUUCUUGAUGUCGUAUUGCCAAAUUAAUAAAAUUAAAAUCUUAUAGUAAAUGCUAAUAUUUAAGAUAUUAUUACCAAUAUGAAUCCAUAAAUAUAUUAAAAACUUACUAAGAUUGGAGAUUGUUUUACUCCAACAGUAAGUGCUGAAGAAUACAAAAAAUAAAAUAAAUCAGAAGAAAUUGAAAAAACUAAGAUAAUUGAAAAUGCAAUAAAAAUAGCCCCACUUUAUAUAAAGGAAGGUUAAUUAAAUUAAUGGGUUAAAUAUACUUGUGUUUUGAGUGGAUCUUAUUUAUAUUUUUAUUCAAAUCCUAAAUCUUAAUAACCUAGUUUCAUAAAAUAUUUAAAGAAUUCUAAUAUUAUUGAAAAAGGAUAGGAUGAAUUCAAAAUGAAUGUUCUAAUUAUAAAAAUAGAAAAUAAUUAAUUUGAAAUUGGUGUAUAAAAUUAAAGUUAAAUAUAAGAUUGGAUUUAAAAGAUAUCAUCAUUAAAAGAUGAAGAAUUAGAAUUAUUUAAAUAAUUAGAAGAUAAAUAAGAUAAAUAAUAAAUUAAACCUAUUGAAUUCGAAAAGAUUAUUAAUUUUACUAUAUCAAUUGUAUAAAUUAAUUUAUAAGAUUCAAAUUCUAAAUAAUUUUUAGUAAUGAAAACUAAGGAUUUAUCAUUAAAAAUGAAAAUGCAUUCAGAAUUUUUGUAAGUUUAAUUAACUCUUUCAGGAUUGUAACUUUAAGAUAGUUUAAGAUAAUAUCAUAAUCAAUAAUUAGAAAAUCUAAUUAUAUCAGAAAAAGAGAAUGGUUAACUUAUUGAAAUAUUAUUUCAUUAAACAAAUAGGAAUUCUAAAAAUUAUUAAGAUAUUGAUUAAUAGAUAGAAUUAAAAUUUGGUAGAUUACAUAUUAAUUUUAAAAGUGAAACAUUUGCUUAUCUAAUAUAAUUUAUUAAUAGUAAUAAUAACAAUGAAAAUAAAUAAGAAAAAUAAUUAGAGAAAAUAGAAAAGGAAUUUUUAGAAGCAGAAAAAUAAUUUUUAUUAUUAAAAUUGAAUGUGUAAAUAAAUUAAAUUAGUUUAUCUAUUGUUCAUGAAAUUACUAAAUUACCAUUUGUAGAUAUUUAAUUUUAAAAUUCUUUUAUAGAAAUGCUUAAAUAUUAAGAUGAAUUAUAAAUGUAAGUUCAUUUAGGAAAUUUAUAAAUUAAUGAUUUAACUAAUCAUCCUUAUACAUUAACAUAAGAGGAAGAUUAUCAUUUAAUUAAAUCUAAUUAAAUAGUUGGAAUUAAAUAAAAAGGAGAAUCUUUAUUAUUUGUUAAAAUUAUCUUAAUAGAACCAUUAUCUAAAAAAGCAUAAUUAAAUAGAGAUAUAAUUACAGUUGAUGCUAAAAUUAGUUAAAUUGUUGCUGAUUAUUAAUAAUAACCUAUUUUAAGAAUUAUUGAUUAUAUUUAAAAUUUAUAGGAACCAUUUACAAAUCCAAAUUCAUUUAAAGUAUAAGAUUAUUAAAUAGAUAAUUAAAUCAAUUAAAAAGUAUAAUCAAGUAGAAUUCUUAUAUAACCAUCAAAGGAGGAAUCUAUUAAAAUAACAUCUGAUCCUCCUAGAAUGAAAAUAAGAGUUCAAAUUGAUAAUCCUUAAAUCAUUAUUAGAAACAAAUUUUCAAAUGAAUUUAUGAUCAUUAAUUUAGGUUAAAUAAGUGUUUCUAAUCAACAUUAAUUAAUUAAUUAAUUUUAUAAGGAAAUAUAUACAAUAUAAAUUACUUAACUUAAUAUAAUAGGAGAAUGUGAUAAUAAAAAAGGUGUUAUUGCAAGUGAUUUCAAUUUAUUAUUGUCUGUUACUCUACCUGAUUUAGUUUAAUAUUAUAAAUAGAUCCAUAAUAAAGUAGAAGAAACUAUAUAUAUAAGUUGUGAAAUGAGUUAAUUUAUAUUAAAUAUAGAUAGAAAUACUAUGAAAUUAAUUAAUAGAUUAGUAGCAUAUAAUUUUACACUUAAUGAUUCAUUUAAUGAAUAUGUAUUACUCAAUGCUGAAAAAUCAAAUUAAAUAAAUUAAGAAUAAUAAAAAAUAAUAUUAAAGUAAGAUGUAGAAAAGAAAAUUAGAAAUUAAGAUUAUUUUCUUAAAUUUAAAUUGAAAAUUAUUAAUAUUUCAAUAUUCUUAUGUUUACAUAGACCAUUAAUAAGAUUAUCUAUAGUAGAUAGUAAUAUAGAAUUUAAUAUGAAAAAAGAUGAUAAAAAAGAAUUAGUAAUUUAGAUAUCAUCCUUUAAUUCUUGUGUAUAUGAAUAAGUUAAUGGAUAUUUUAUUAGUAAACCUUUAAUAGGAAUACAAGAAGAAAAGUAAUAUGAUAAUUUAAAUGAUUUAACAAAUUUGAUAAAGAAUGCAUCAAGUUCUGAAUAAGAGUCAGGUAAAAUUGAAAUGUAUAUAAAUCCAACAUAAAACAAAACACAUAAUAAAUUGUAUUUAACAUUUGGUUCAUUUUUAUUGACUAUAUAAACAAAGAUAAUAUUAUAAACUUUAACAAUAUUUGAGAGUGAAUAAUUAAAUCCAUUUGUAAAUGAAAAAUUAAAGGAAUAUUAAUAUAAAUAUGAUUAAUAUUUAAGAAGUUAAUAAAAAGAAGAAGAAGUAUAUCCAACAGAUUCAUAAAUCUUUAUUACAUUAGGAGAUGUAAUAAUUGCAAUUCCAUCAAAUGAUGAUUCAAUAUUGACAUUUACUGGAAAAUUUAAUAUAAUUAUGAAUACACAUGACACUAUGAAUGCUGAUGAAUUACUUUGUAUAAUUAAAGAGAAAGGAUUAAAUGAAUAUGAUUUAAUAGGUAUGAAUUUCAAAAUAAAAUCCUCUGUAUCUAUAGAAUAAGUAUAAGCAUAUAUAGCAUCAAAGAAAUAAUUAUAUAGUAAAUAAUUCAAUCUACUAGAUAAUAAAAGAUAAAUUAUUUGGCCAUUUACUAUGCUUUUGAAUUAGAGUUAAUAAUUAGUAUUAUCAGAAAAUUUGGAUUCUCUUGUUGAAAAACAGAGUAUAAAAUUAUCAUUAAGUCCAUUUGAAUUUAGAAUUGCAUUUACUGAUGUUUUGUUUAUUUAGAAUUAAAUUAAUAAUUAAUUGUAAAUUAUUAAUGAUUUAACAAAUAAUGACGUUAAAUAAUAAUAGAAAUAAGAGUAAAAUAAAUAAUAAUAAAAUAAUUUAUAAAAUUUUGAUUUAGUCAUUGAUGGUAUAGAUAUAAUAAUCUUAAAUGAUAUAGAAAAUUAUUAUUAAUAUAUAAUGAAUUUCAAAUUAUAUUAAACUGAAACAAAAUUAGAAUAAACAUCAAGGAAUUUUAAAUUUUUGAUAAAUUUUCCAAUUUAAUUGUAUUAUUUCAAUUAAAAUAUUGGAUUUUGGGAACCAAUAAUUGAAAGAUGUGUAAUAUCAAUUGUAUAUUAAAAAGAUUUAACUGGAUUUGAUCUUGUUGGAGAAAAUCAAUUAGAUGUAUAAAUAAAAGAAGGAGUCAAUAUAAAUAUAUCAACUUAAAUGAUAUAAACUGUAUAUUCAGCAUUGACCAUAUUAACAUAAAACUUACAAGAUAAAAAUAAAAAUCAUAUAAGUUGUUAAAAAAAUUCUUAUGCUAAAUAUGCAAUUUAUAAUCAAUUAGGAAAAGAUGUAUUAUGUGAAACAUAAGAUAAUACAAUUAUUAUUGCUUAACACAAUGAUUAUAAAGAUUUUGAUGUUAAAAAUUCUAAAUCUAAUAAUUCAGUUUCCUUAUAAAUUUAAGGUGACAAAAAUCCUUUUGAAAUUCUUAAUUGGAAUAUUGAUAAACUAUAAUAAAAAAUAAAGAAAAUAGGAGAUAAUAGUCCAGUUUUGAUUAAGAAUUUUUUUGAUUAAUUAAAGAAUUAGAGAGUCAUUUAUUUAAGUUCUGAAUAUAUCUUUGAAAAUAAUACUUAAACUCAUUUGGAUAUAGUAUUCAAAAAUUCUAAAGGAAAUCUAUAAAUAUCAAAAUUAUAACCAUAUAUGUAAGUUCAAAUUGAAAAACAUGUAACAUAUUAACCUAAUUAAUUUGUACUUCCAUAAGAUUUUUUAUAAAGUGAUUUUUAUAUUAGAAAAGCAAAUAACAAUUAAGAGAAAUCUCAAUCUUAUAAUGUAAAAUAUUUAAAUAAGUGUUAUGAAAAUAAGGAGGGUUUGAAAUUAUGGUUAAAUGAAAAUUUCAUAAUAACAUUAAAUGUGCGUAAAGAUCCUGAAUUCUAUGGUAGAUAUAUCAUUUAUAUUUAACCAAAUUUCAGAUUAUAAAAUUUGAUGCCAUUUCCUGUUACAAUCACUACAUUAUAUGAAAAUAAAGAAGGAGAUGUAAUUAAAUUACAACCAUUAUAAUAUUUGGAUGAACAUUAAAUCAAAAGUAUUAAAGAAAAUCAUUCUAUAUUAAUAAGCAUAGAUUCAUAUAAGUCUUCUAAACCUAUCCCAUUAUUAAACAGCAGAAACUUCAAAUUGCAACAAAAUGUUAUUAAUUUAGUUGGUGAAGAAUGGUAAGGAAGUAGUGGAGGCAAGAGUGAAUUGGUUUUAGAAUAUAAUUAUAAUUUAUUCAAUUAAAGUGGAUUAUGUAGUGCAGUAUUGUUUGCUUAAGAUUUUAUUAAAAAUGAAACUUAAUAUGAAUAUGUUGUAUUUUAAGGUAAGAAUGCUUAAUACACAUCUAUUGGUGGACAAAGAUAAGGAUCAAAAAUAAGGCCAUUAAUUUUAAAUAACACAACUUAAUAAAAUGAACUAAAAUUUUCAGAUAGAGUUACACCUUAAUUCCCCUCAUUAACACCAGCUUAAAUAAAUUCUAUAGGUACUUCAACUAGUGAUAUAAUUAUUAAGAGAUAAGAACAUUAUUAUGUUGCUCCAUUAGCAGUUACUUCUGAAAUUAAAUUAAUUUAAUAAACAUGUUAGAAAGUUGUAACAGUAAGGAAUAGAAUCAUUUUAGUCAAUAAUUCUGAUCACUCUGUAUGCAUCAAGUAAUUGAAGGCUUUUGAGAUAAAACCAUAUUAAAGAUUACCUUUGGAGAUAUGUUUUGGUGAUAAAAUGCCUACUUCAGCCGAAGGCAUUUAUUAAUUUUAAUUUACUUUUAUAGAAGAUUAUAAUUGGAGUUGGAGUGGUUAAAUUGAGUGUAAUUAGAUUGGUGUCUUUUAUCUUUAAUUAAGAAGUCUUAAGUUUCCUGAAAUUAGAAAAUUUGCUUAAAUUGAUAUUAAUGAAAGUAAUGGCAUUUUAUUUGUUGUUAUAAGUGAAACUAAACAUGAUUAAACACCAUAUAGAAUUACUAAUCAAAGUAAAAUGAUUUAAGUUACUAUUCUCAAUUUACCAGUUUGUUUAGAUUAUAAUUAAGAUUGUUAUUUUGCUUGGGAUGAACCAACUAAAUAAAAUGAAGUUCAACUUGUUAUUUGUCCUAAAGUUAGUUAAUAUGAAAUUAUAGAAUAUUAAUUCUAAAUUGAUAAAAUUACAGAAGCUAAAUUUUUUGUUAUUAGAUCUCAAAUUCCUAAUGAUGCAGGCAAAAUAUUUGUUAAAUUGAAAACAGAAAUCAAUGGUUUUACUAGACAUACUUAAUUCCUUGAUUCAAGUGAAGAAGAAUUAUAGAGAUAUAAAGAGAAUUCAGGAAAAAUUGUAAGAGAACCAUAAUAAUUGAAAUUUGAUAUUAUGAUUUCAUAAAUCAACAUAAGUUUGAUUGAUAAUCAUAUAGCAUAUCCUUCAGAAAUAGUUAAUAUUGUGUUAUAUUAAUCUGAAGCCAUCUUAUUAAUAAAUAAGUAAAACAAAGCUAUAUUUUAAUUUAAAUUAUCAGGAUUGUAAAUUGAUAAUACUUCUUAAUUACAUCCUCUAUUUCCUGUAUUAUUAACACUACUUCCUAGUGGUAAAGUUAAAUAAUAAUUCCCUAUUUUAAAUGUAUUGGUUUAAAUGAAUUUAUAAGCUAAAUAAUUGUAAUUGAUUGAGAAAUUCUCUCUUGAAACUAAUCGUUUAGCAAUUAAAAUUAAUGAUACUGUCAUUAAAACUCUACUCAAUACUAUCAAUAAAAUAACAUAAAUAAUUGAAAGUUAAUAAUAAAAAUUACAAUAGAAAUUUGAUUGGAAACAUUGUCCUUUACCUGAUAAAUUGAUCCCAACAUAUUUUGGAUCUAUUACUAUAUAUCCUAUUAUAAUCUAAGUCACAGUAUAAUGGGGUAGAAAAGAUAAGGAUCAAGAUACAGAUAAUCCUAUGUUUACAUCACUUUUAUCUGGAGUUGGAUUUUAAUUAGUCUCUGUUGAUGAAGCUGAAAUUGUAUUGAAAGGUAUUUAAAUGGAUGAUGUUUUUGACAGUAUUAAUGGUUUGAGAAUUAAAUUAACUCAAAGAUAUCUUCCUGAUAUCUAUAAAUAAUUACCAGCUAUAUUAGGUAGUUUAGCUGUCAUAGGUAAUCCUACUAAAUUAUUGAAAAAUAUUGUAUCAGGCAUGUAAGAUUUAUUUGAAAGACCAAUUGAAGGAUUCACUAAAGGACCACUUGAAGGUGGUAUGGGUGUUAUAACAGGAGCCACUUCAUUAGUUAGUCAUACAGUCUCUGGAGUUUUUAAUAGUGUUAAGAAUGUUGUUGGUACUAUUUCUAGUGGUUUAUCUAAAGUUACAAUGGAUGAAAACUAUUAAUAAUAAAGAUAAAUCUAAAAUUAAUAAUAAGCUAGAAAUGUCACCUCUGGUAUAUAAGAAGGGUCUGUAUCUUUGGUUAAGGGAGUAGCUGGUGGUAUAGCUGGAUUCUUUAGUAAACCAAUUCAGGGGGCUUAAUAAGAUGGGGCAUCUGGUUUAUUAAAGGGAUUAUGGUAAGGAACUUCAGGAUUAAUUAUUAAACCUGUUACAGGAGUUCUAGAUGUUAUCUCAAAAACAUCUGAAGGUGUUAAAAAUCAAUUAUCAUCUGAUGAAUAACCUAAUAAUAAUAGAAUAAGAUAUAUGAGACCAUUUUAUGAAAGUGAUGGAUAUUUUAAAGAAUAUAAUUGGGUUGAAGCAGAAUGUUAUGAAGUAAUUAAAGGAAUUAAAAAAGGAAAAUAUGAGAAUCAUAGAUUAUUAAGAGUGGUUACUAUUGAAAGAGAUAAGAAAAGUUUUGGAUUAAUUUUGACUGACACUAGUUUAAUUUUGUUUGAUUUGGAUGAGCAUUUAAAACUAUGGUCUAUUUUGUAUGAGGAUAUAGAAAAUAUAAGUUUUAGUGGAAAUGUAAUAUAAUUAAAAAAUAAGAAAUCGAAAAGAGCAUUUUAAGUAUUAUUAUAUAUAUAUUAUAAAGGGUAAAUCCAUCACACAAUUAACAAUGUCUUCAUCAAAUUAAAGUUAAUAAAUAACAGAAGAAAUUAAAUUUAUGAAACAAUAAUUAUGA